UUCCAGCCCAGGGCCCGGCAGCCCACCAUGUCUGCCCAGUUUCCACAAGUAUCCUGAGGGUCUCCAUCGUGGGCCAGGGGACUGGAGAAGGCCAGCCGGCCCAGCCCACGCAGGGAUGGAUGUCGGGCCUCAGGCCAGCAGGCUGCCCUGUGAAGGCACCAUCUGUGACCUCAGGGCAGGCGGUGACCAGGGGGCUCACCAGAUCCCGCCCUCGGCCCGGCCCUGGGGCCAUGUCGAUCUCGGUCCCGGGAAUGCUGCCAAUCCUCCUAGGAGACACGACCCAGCCCCACCCCAAAGACAACCUCGAGGCCCGGGGCAGGCCAGCCGCCAGGAAGGCUAGAGCCAAGCCCAGGGACUCCGGGCUCCGUCCAUCUGCGGCUGAUGAUGAUGCCAUGGCUGCCCUGAGGUGGGCCAGGCCCUCCCGGCAGCCAGCUGACCUGCGGGGAGCUCCCCACGUGGCCUGGUCCGACUACACCGAGCAGCCAGGCCCCCAGAGGAAGGCCUGCAGCCUCCUGGGGUGGUCCGAAAGUGAGGAGGCCAGGGAUGGGGACAGCUCGGUGUCAUCAGGCCGCCUUUCCGGCUCCUCCGGGGGCCACGAGUCCUGCACAUCUCUCCCCGGGCCCUGGAAGGAGCGGCCCCCCCAGGUGCAGGGGCCCCGGCGGCAGCUGAGAGAGAGCAACCCACGACUGGAACGGCUUAGGGACAAGAUCCGGGCCCAGGCACAGUGGCAGGCCAGCUGUGCCUCUCUGGGCACCUCGACGCCCUCCAGCGCCUCGCGCCUCUACAGAGUCUCCAAGCCAGAUCCCCGCAGGAAGGCCGGAAGGCUGGCGCACCCCGAUCCGGCCCCGUGGGACGUACUUGGGCCUGGGGCCACCAUCAAAGGCUUAGGCACCCCGAGCGAGGCUCCGUGUGGAGCGGAAGACAAGGCCAUCCCGGGCCGGGGGCGAGAGCCCUCCAGGGUCCCCCAGCGCCAGGCCUCAGCUCCACGGGAGAAAACCAAAAGAAUGAAAAGUCGUCCUUGCACGAGGGAGAGAGCCCCCCAGUCGCCCACCUCUAGAAGAGAUGCCAAAGACACAGAUUCUGAGUUGGUCGGUGUUUACGCCUGGAGGAAAGGACCAGCCCUGGCGAGGGCCCUGCUUGGGCCCCCUCCGGCCCUCCCCAGGCUCCAGAGGGAGGCUCCCUCGAGAGACCAGGCCCCCGCCGCGGAAUUAGGAGACAGCAAGAAAGUUGGAGCUGCUAAGAGCUCCCCUGCCCGUCCCCGGAUGCCCAGUCCAGCCUCUGUCCGCGGCGGCCUGCAGGUGUCCGCCAAUACGCCCAACCUGUCCUCCUGCGAGCAGCCUGUGACCAUCCAGAAUGCCAUGGCUGUCCUUAGAGACCUCCGCCAGCAAAUCCAGGCCGGGCUGGAGUUGGCCCGGAGCCACCGCCCCAGGGGAGGGCCAGAGCUGGGGCGGUCAAAGUUGUGGCUGCAGAACCUGGCAGAGAGGAGGCAGCAGGGCCCCUGGAGCACCCCAGAUGUUCGGGGCUCCUUCUCGGAGAGUCCUCGGGCCUUAGAGAGGGCUGGCAGCUUCCCCACGGGGCAUCGCUGGAGCACCUUGGCUGGGUGGGAGUCCUGUCCCCAGAUGACCUGGGCGGCCCAAGAACGGAACCCCUCCUUCCAGAGGCCUGGGAGCCCCCCUGAAAGGCUGACCUCCUUCCCUCAGCGGCCCUGGAGCGCCUUGGCCGGGCAGCCCUCCCAGCCCCAGAGGACCUGGGCUGCUCAUGAAGACUGGGAGAGCUCUGCCCAAAGCCCGUGGAGCCCAGCGGCCCAGCGGCCGUGGAGCGCCUCCUUCCUGCGCAGCAAGGGCACCCCAUGCAGGGGCCGAGGCUCGCUCCCACCUCCCUCGGAGCCAAAGCGAGCCUGGAUGAGGCCGGCCCCCGGGGCCCCCAGGAACGCCCCUGGGGAGGAGAACGAGGUGAGGGUGCCGCCACCCUGCCCAAAGCCCCGGGGGGCCCUGGGUCACCCCUACAGCUCUGAGUCCCUGCGGGAGUUCAUGCGCCAGAAGACGCUGGCCCGGAGGCGACAGGCCCUGGAGGAGAAGGCCUCGGCCCUGCGGGCGCUCGAGCUGAAAAACCAGAGGCUGCAGGAUGUGUACAGGAAGCAGAGGGAGGCCGUCCUCGGCAAAGCCGUCCCUGUGGUGUCCCACACGACCCCCGGCAUCGUGACCUUUUUUCCGCAUUGUGCACAGUCCAAGGGCCUGGAAGCCUCUGGGAGCCUGGGGUCGCCUGUGCUGGAGUGGAGCAAGGUGACCUCCGGCAUGGUGCUGGGGGACCAGGAGGCCCCGGGCAGCUUCUGCCUGUGUCUGAACAGAGCCCUGAACCACACUGAGACGCUGGGGACGGGCGGCCCCACGCUGAUGUCCGCCCGCUCCUCCCUGGGUCCCCUGAAGCUCCAGGACCUCGCCACCCAGGGCCCGCGUCCAGGGGUGUGCAUCUACCUAGACCCUGAGGAGAGCGAGCGCCUGGGCACGUCGGGGCCCCUGCACUUCCGCUACAAGCAGGCCCGGCUACAGGCUCUGGAGACCAUGGCCAACGUCCUGAAGCAACGGAUCGACAUCCUGACGGCCAGGCUGCUCAAGUCGGAGGCACUGGACCCUCCCGGGGACCCGGUCUCUGAGCCGUCGCCCUCAUACCUCAGCAGAAUGGCUGCGGCCCCCGCGCCCGCAGCCCCCGUCCACUCCGGAGUGACGCCGUCCUGGAGCCCUGACUGGGAGCGGCGGCACAGCGUGAGCCCGGGGGCCCCCCGCGACAGCCAGCCCCGAGGUCUCACGGAGGACGGAUGUUUGGAGCCGGACAACAGGCUGGCGAGAAACACGCACUCCUUCCAGGCCCUCCGCCCCUUCAUCGGGAGCCCACUCGGGGUGACAGCCAUGCUGGACCCCACCUGCGGCUCCCUGCGGCCGGAGAUGCCGUCGGCCAGAGGGGCCGGCUUGCUCACGCCCCGGACCACGCGAAGCUGCGGUCAGAGUUCCGGGCACCUUGCCAACAUCCCCCAGAAGUCCCUGGGCUUUCUCAAGUCACUGAAGCUUGACCAGCAGAAGCGGAAGCAGGCGUUGGCCCUUCUGCGGCAGCGGGCGAAGCGGGAGGUCUGGGAGACACAGAAGGCCCUGGACGAGCUGCUCUUCAAGCAUCGGGUGCAGCAGCUGAUGGGGAAACACUCCACCGAGGCCAGGCCGAAACCGGCUUCGGAGAGGAAGCAGCCACAGGUGUGCGGAGGUCUGGGGCCAGUGACUUGUCUGAGCACCGUGACAGCCAGACCCAGAUCGCACCCAGCCCAGGGCAGAGCCGCGGCCGCGCCCUCCCAGGACCCCCGGGAAGGACAACAGAGUCCGGAGGGCAAGUCGGCUCCUGCAGAGCCCAGGCAGGAAGAGAGGCCAGACCAAGCCCCCUCCCAGCUGCCCCUGGCCAGGCUCUACCCUCAGGACAACCCCACCCACCAGCGGAGCCCGGCGGGGCCCUGGAGCGCGAACCCCGGAGCCCCCGGCUGCUUCACGCUGCGGAUGCUUGACGUGAGCCUGCGGGAGGCGGAGCUGCGCGCGCGGCACCAAGCUGCGAUGCUGCGCCUGCGCGAGAAAGCGCUGGAGGAGAAGAUGCGCACCGAGCUGGCCUGGCUGGAGCAUCAGCGAGAGUGUCUGGGCGGCGAGGCGAAGGACACGAUGCUGGCGGCCUUGGCAACGAGGCAAGAGCAGGUGCUCAGCAAGCUUGAGCAGCAGCAGAGAGAAAUCCGACGCCCGCGGGACAUUCACCUGUUUUCACACCGAGAGAGGAAACUUCUCCUGCAGCAUGAAAGGGACGUCGUCUCCCUGCAGAGAUCCAUGAUGCACCUGUGGCAGGAGCUUCGGGCCCGGACCAGGCUGCCUCAGAGUUCCGGCCUUGAGGUCAAGACCACUCAGACGGAGGGGUCUGAGACAAGUGUGCAGCUGAAGGGCCCUGCACAGGGCUCCUCGCGCCCCUUGUCACCGCCCGGGCCCGCCAGCCCUGCCAGCCACUGCCCCCGGACGAGCCCUGAGACCCCACGAGUCCAACACCUUCUCAGCAAGCGGGCAGACGGGACGCCCCCCCAGGCAAUCUCAGCUGCGGAGAGCCACCGGCCGCCUCCAAGGCCCGCGUGGGGAGAGGACACUCCUGUGGCCGGCAGCUGGCCCGACACGGGGCGCCGGCUGGCGGAGAGCCACAGCCCCGUGGGCCAAGGAGACCCCCAGACCAACCCCAGCCCCACGUCAGCAGAGGAGAAGACCCAGCCUCUGACAGACAGCCGCGCACAGAAGCUCCAGGGCCCGAACUCCCCGGGCAGAGGGGGUCCCUGCAGCCCCCUGGAAGCCAGCGUGGUUGAAGGCCGCAUCGGCCGAGCAGGGUCAGAGCUGGGGCUGGAUUUUGCCGGCAGCCCCGUGGAGGAGCCCCACAGAAUGGAAGGCUGGUGGCCGGGGGAACAGAGGACCGAGAGCUGCGGGCAGGACCCUUGCGGCCCCUUCUCUGCACCAGGAGCCGCCCAGCUGACCGCUGCUCCAGCUCCGGUACCACCCAGCCAGCCUGAGGGCAGCCCCCUGCCGCCGCUCAGGGCACCCUCGGACCCGGGCCCGGAGUCCGAGGCUGCUCCCCGGAGCCGCUCGGGGUCUUGGGCGGGGUCCCCUGCCUCCUCCUCCUCGAGUGGGGUGUCCUGCCGCUCUCUCCAGGAGUUCCAGAGAGCAGCCGCCGUCCUGGUUCAGCUCUCCGAGAGCCCCGUCUCCGUGUCAGACUGGGGGGGCGGGGACGUCCCAGACACGGACCCCGGCUGUCCUGGGGAGCUCUCUCCUCAAGACUCCUGGGGGCUCCACCGGGGCCGGGGGCAGGUGGCCCGGGAGAGGCCAGAGGGCGGUGGGGCCGGGCCCCUGGGCGGCCCCUCCACGGAGCCGGGGGGCGUCCUGCGGGAGGGCUGGCCGCUGCCUCCCCCGGACGCCCCCUCUCCGAGGUCAGGGUCAGAGCUGUCAGAGGCGUCCAGCGAGGUCUGGGACGAGGAGAGCCUUCUGGAGCCUGGCUCGGGGCCCUCCUUGUCUACAGGAGGCUCGUCCCACCUGGAAAAUGGCGGGGCGCCCGGCUCUGCACUUGCUUCCUUGGGCCCUGGGGAGGGGCAGGAAGCGUCUGGAAGCACUGGGAGCCUCAUCCGUGGACUCGCUACGGAAGAGGGCCCAACAGACGUCCCGUCCACGCCCUCGUCCUCCAGUGACUCGGACCUGUCCCUCUCCUCUCCCUCGGGGUCCUUGGCAUCCGAAGGGUUGGAUUUUGGCAGAGGAGAGACCAGGCCUCUGCAGGCCUCGGCUGCCUGCCCAGAGGGGCCCUGGGACGCUGCCCUGAGUCUGCCCAGCGACAGGACGCCACGACAGUCCUGGUCUGAGCCUGAGGUCCCCGUGACCCCGCGGGCUCCUCCUGGGGACCCUGGCGGUCUGGUGGCCCUGACACCCCAGGGCUGGACACCCAGAUGUAGGGGCAGUGGAGACUCCCCUGCCCCCGAGGAAGCCUGCCCCACGCCGUCCAGCAGGGCCUUGCCUGAGAUCCUGUCCCCCGUUGACGAGGUGCUAUCCUAUAGCAGUGCCGACCUGUCCUCCGCUCACAGGGAUGCCCGCCUCCCUCCUCUGCCUCCCACCUUCCCAGCAGAGGAUUUGGCCAACACGACCAGCCCCGACUCAGAAGACUUCCCUUCCCCACCUGAGGAUGUCAUGUCUCCUGGGAGCGUGCCGGGCCCCCCGGGGGAGGAUGCCUCCAUCAAAACUGGGGAGUUGCCCUCCUUGUCUGAGGAGGACACACCCGAGGCCCCAUCCCCAGGGCCCCAGGAGUCGGGGCUCUGCCUGGGGGCAGGCAGACAGGGCGGAAGCCUUGGGGACGAAUUGGGUGAGUCAAGUUCGGUUUCCAGGGAUCAGGCUGUGGGCAGCCAGUGGCCUGACCCAGCCGACUGGCCAGGGUGCCCCUCUGGGGGCAGGGCAGGAGACGCCCCGGGAGGGCUCCCGAGGCUGCCGGUGCGGCCCCCGACCCUGUCCAGAGGGGCCUUUAUGGCCGGGGAGGGUCCGCCAAUGCUGGCAGCCGCUGGCAGCCCUGGGCAGGGCGACCCAGCUCCUGCUCUGGGUGCGGGCCCCUGCGCUGACCCGCCGGGCACGGAGGGAGCCAAGGUGGUGGAUUGGGUCUCCAGCCAGCUUAGCAGGAGGAUCCUGUGCGACACGCUGGCUGUGCUCUUGGAGCCGGCCCAGCCGGCGGCCCCCUGACGGAAGAGCCGCCGUGUCCCGCAGGCUGGCCCGGCGGCCGCUGCAGGGCCUCGGGAAGACGGGGCCCACGGCGACAUGGGGUGCCAUUGCGCAUGCGUGUGCAUGGUGUGUGGGAUGCUCCGGGAAGCCUGGGCCACUGAGGGCAGAGCCACCAUUCAGAACAGCCUGCCUGCGGCUGGCCGCCGAGUAGUCGAGUAGUCGUCUGGUGCUGGGCUGGGGCCUGGGCGGGGACAUGGCGGGGAGUGCGGUGAGCUCUGUGUUCUUCCGGACGUUGGGGCCGCUGCGUCCGUCAGGCGCCUGGAAGGGCCCCUGAUCCAGACUUUAAGAGGCAGGAAGGUAAAAGGUUGUGUGGGCGUGUCCAGAGGCUGGCCGGUUGUGGAAAGGUGUGGAGGUCAUGGAUUGACAGAGAACGGUCCGGAGGGGAGCGGUCCCCAAGGACGAACCGGAGACCACAUGCCGGGAGGCAGAGCCAUCGGCAAAGGCCGGGCGAAGAGAGAGAGAGCCGCUCUGGGGGGACAGGGGGGCAAGAGGCGGUGGAGACGGGCUGGGGGUCACGUCCGCACGGACUCACACCCCAGCUUGGCGGCUUCUGAAGGCCAAGGGCAUGCACGUGGGCCGACCCCGCUGUGGACAUCACAGAUCUGUCAACUCAAGGGCCGGAGGCGACCAGCCACGCCCCAGGACUGCCCUCUGGCGGGAGGUGGGCCAAGGGCUCCUUGAGGAGAGGACUCCAGGAGAGGCCAGGGUCCGUUUCCUGGUGGCUGUCCAUCAUCGAAUGAGCCCUCGGGGAUGCAGGGCGGCCUCGGAGCAGGGAGCAGUUUGCAGAGGUGUUGGCGGGUGCGAUCCCUCUAGGGCUUGGCUCCUCCCCUCCAGGGCACGGACUUCCCCCCGGCCUCAACAGAGGAACCUCUUUGGAGAUGACACUUAUGGACCCCUGGGGAGCCGGCGACUUCCGUGCACUUGCGGUUAGCUGGGGGGCGUGGCGGAGCCCAGAGUUCUGCCUGUGCCCUCCACCUUCCAGCUCGGGAGCGGCGGCCGCCUCCAGGCAGCCCUCCACCAGGCCCCCGCUUCAGGGCAGCCUCCUAUAUCCAGGCCAGCUGCUUGCCAGAUGGACUUUUGUCACAGGCUCACUCGUCGGGUUUCACGGCUCAGGGAGGCACCAGCUGAGGCAGUUGUGCUGAUUUCGCACUGGGUCCCCCCACGCCCACCAGGGAACCCCGAGACGGGCUUGGGCGGGGGGGGGGGGGAAGUGCUCUUGCUGUGCGUAUGCGAUUUCAAAACAAGUUCUGAGCUACACCUUUCCUAUUGAUUUCCUUCUAGUUUUCUGAACAAAUCAGUCUGUAAUUUUUUAUUUUUUUUCUAUUUAUUGCUGACCCUUUUGGAUUUACGAGGCCGUGCGAGAGGGAUUAUGUAUUUUACACACACACGUUUGGCAUGGUAAUAAAUCUCCCACCUCAAAACCCUGCA